AUGCAGCACAGGCACAUGCUCCUGCUCCUUCUAGCCGCGUCGGCGUCCGCAUUCCCAGCAAAGGCUGUCAACAAGCGCCAGAUCACCUGCGCUCCAGUCCAUCUCAUCGUCGCCCGCGCAUCUGGCGAGGCCCCCGGGGAGGGCAUCAUUGGUGCAGUCAGCGAAGAUGUGCAAGCUCGCGUUGCAGGCUCCGAUGCAGAGUCCGUCGACUACCCUGCCACACUGGCCAACUACCAGGAGUCAGAAGCCGCAGGCGUUGCAGAGAUGACUCGACUCGUGAGCGAAUACGCUGCAGCCUGCCCAGACAGCGAGAUAGUCCUUAUGGGCUACUCUCAGGGCGGACAGGUCACGAUGGACGUUCUGUGCGGAACAAGCAGUGUCGGCUUUCCGGCAACUGAGCCUCUGUCCGCCGACAUCGCCAGUCAGAUCUCUGCGGUGGUUGUUAUGGGGGAGCCGACGUUCGUACCCGGAGAGCCGUAUACAGUGGGAGACGCUGCUGAUGGUGCUGUGAGUCAAAUCCUGGUGGUCGAAAGCUCACCUCCCUCUCCAACCCUUUUCCGACCAGCCUCUUUGCCUGGUGGUCAACAGCUCACCUUCCACUCCACUGCCUCUCCGACCAGACUCUUUGCCUGGUGGUCAACAGCUCACCUUCCUCUCCAAUCCCUCUCCAAUCCCUCUCCAACCAGCCUCUCUGCCUGGUGGUCCACAGCUCGCUUCUCCUUCCAAAUGACCAGCCGCACUCCCUGGUGGUCCACAGCACAGAAUCCCCCCCAACAAUACAAAUCCUAA